AUGCUCUACGACCUCAACAUCGCCUGGUCCCCAGGCCUCUCCCCCUCCGACCUCCAAAACACCCUCCGCCUCUCCAAAACCCUCGGCUACGACGUAGUAGCCCUCAACAACACCAUCACCGGCUCCCAAAUCCCAUACUCGCCCAGCCCAAUAACCAACCCCAUCCCCAUCCUCAACCCACAACAACCAGCCGGUGGUGGCGGUGCUCCCUCCUCAAUAACAACCCCCUCAACAACAGCCUCCUCCUCCCUCCCCUCCUCCUCCCUCCCCACCAUCCUCCGCCGCGCAACCCUCGAGAUCACCGACCCAGCCACAACCAACUACCGCCUCCCCGACUUCACCCGCGCCUACGACCUCCUCGCCCUCCGCCCAACAUCCGACAGGUCCUUCACCUGGGCCUGCAACAACACCACCGACCCGCCCGCCCUCAUCUCCCUUGAUCUGACACGUCCGUUGGGGUACCACAUCCACCCCCGCACCGCCAUGGCGGCCGUCCACCGAGGGAGCAGAUUCGAAGUCUGCUACAGCCAGGCUGUCCAGCUCUCGUCUUUGAACCCAGAGUCGGCACGGGCGAGGAGCAUCUUUAUCGGGAACGUGCAGAGUCUGGUCCGGGCGACGAAGGGGAGGGGGAUAGUGAUUUCUAGCGAGGCGAAAUCGGCUUUGGGCCUGAGAGGGCCGGCGGAUGUGGUGAAUUUGAUGGCUGUUUGGGGGUUGGGGCCGGAGAGGGGGUUUGAGGGGUUGGGGAUGGGGGCGAGGGCGGUGGUGGUGAAUGAGGGGGUGAGGAGGAGGGGGUUUAGGGGGGUGGUGGAUAUUGUGAGUGUUGCGGAGGGGGGACCGGAGAGGGCGAAGGGGGAGGAGGAGGAGACAAAUGGGAAGCAGGGGAAGAAGGGGCAGAAGCAGAAGGGGCAGCAGCAGCAGCAGCAGCAGCAGCAGCAGCAGGGACAGGGGCAGAAGAGGAAGAAUAAUGAUAAGGUUGGUGGUGGUGGGAUUGGGGGUGGUGGUGGUGGUGGUGGGCAGCAGAAGAAUAACAAGAAGAUGAGGAAGGAGGGGAUGGCAUGA